UGGGACUCGGUUGGCAGCCUAGUUCUGCUCCCAGCACCACGUCAAACCAAGCUGCUGCCCGCCUGUAAGCCCAACUUCCAGAGGUGGAGGCAAAGAGGAUCCGCUGUUUUUAAGGCCAUCCUCAGCUAUGUAUCAAGUUUGAAGCCAGCCUGGGCUACGUGCGGCCUCAAAUAAAUAAAUAAAUAAAUAAAUGAUAAGAGACCACGGGGACCUGUUAUCCUUGAAGAAUGGCAGAGGCUGUCUUCCGUGCUCCAAAGAGGAAAAGAAGAGUGUACGAGAGUUACGAGUCACCACUGCCCAUCCCCUUUGGUCAGGACCAAGGUCUCAGGAAGGAAUUCCGAGUAUUCCAGGCUGAAAUGAUUAGCAACAAUGUGGUGGUGCGGGGAGCAGAGGACAUGGAGCAGCUGUAUGGGAAGGGUUACUUUGGAAAAGGGAUUCUUUCCAGAAGUCGUCCGAACUUCACAAUCUCCAAUCCCAAGCUGGCUGCCAGAUGGAAAGGUGUGCAGACAGACAUGCCUAUAAUCACCUCAGAGAAGUAUCAGCACCGAGUGGAAUGGGCCAGGGAUUUCCUGCGCAGGCAGGGCCAUGAUGAGAGCACUGUGCAGAAGAUCCUUACGGACUACACAGAACCGCUUGAGCUGCCUCGCAGAAAGGAGAAAGAAGAGACGGCACAGCAUGGACCCCUGAGCUCCCAGGCCGACUCCCCCCAGGAAGACAGAGCCGGAAGGGAUGAACUUGCUGUGACCCCUGGAGGUGCCGGACAGUCAGACGACCUGCAGGGUCUCAACACACACUCAGACUGCCUGCAGGAGGGGCCUGGCCAUGCCACACUCGCUGUGCCUAGUCCUUCUAGCCUUAAUGGGCAUGGGGUAGAGGACCCCGAGGUUCUGCCCCAGAUCCCCUGCCAUAGCCAGGAAGCCCUCAUUCCGCAGGAUGGCCUUUGGCCUGAAGCCAGCAGCCAGGCAGCCGGAGAGAAAAGGGCUGCUCACGAGUGUGUGCUCGUAGAGGAAGAGCUGUGUGGUGUCCAGGAGGAGGCGGCACCGGCUGAGAAGUUGCUGAAAAGAAAGAAACUUGUGUGCAGAAGAAAUCCAUACAGGAUCUUUGAGUAUCUGCAGCUCAGCCUAGAAGAGGCUUUCUUCCUGGCAUACGCCCUGGGAUGCUUAAGUAUUUACUAUGAGAAGGAGCCUCUGACAAUAGUGAAACUCUGGCAAGCCUUCACUGCGGUCCAGCCCACCUUCAGGACUACCUACAUGGCCUAUCACUACUUCCGAAGCAAAGGCUGGGUGCCCAAAGUGGGGCUCAAGUACGGAACAGAUCUGCUGCUGUAUCGGAAAGGCCCUCCAUUCUACCAUGCAAGCUACUCUGUCAUCAUUGAGCUCGUGGACGACAACUUUGAGGGCUCCCUCCGCAGGCCUUUCAGCUGGAAGUCGCUGGCCGCCUUGAGCAGAGUCUCGGGGAACGUCUCUAAGGAGCUGAUGCUGUGUUACUUGAUUAAGCCCUCUACCAUGACUGAUGAAGACAUGGAGACCCCAGAAUGCAUGAAGAGGAUUCAAGUUCAGGAGGUGAUUCUCAGCCGAUGGGUUUCUUCCCGAGAGAGAAGUGACCAAGAGGAUCUUUGACCUUCCAGUCCUAGAGUCCACAGCUCAACAGCUCUGACCGUGUGGCAUCGGCCUGCCCCGAAGGAGCAUUUGGGGACCACAGGACCCCAAUAGAAAAAACUACGCCUGUAGCUCAGCUCACCCGAGGACUUCAACCAUUUACCCACGUGACUGAAAACCCAUUGACGGUUUGAAAACCUUGAAAUACUUACUGAGUGACCGCUGCCUUCUCGGUGAACUCAUUAUUUGACAGGUCGGUGCGUUGAACGCAAAAUUAUGUAGUACUGGCCAUGAAAGAUGCAUCUUGCUUUGGAGAACUUCUUAUAAAAUAAAAGUAAGAAGUGAAGUUUUUGAGAGAACAAAUGCAGUUAACAUUUAGCAAAUCAUGGAGUUAUUACCCUCCUCCCAUGGGUUAGAAAGCAAAGAAAACAUUGCCCGAGGGGCAUUUAGGCAUCUUAGUGCGUUUUUUGUGUUGCUAUAGCAGAAUGGCUGGUGCUAGAUAGCACAUAAAGAAAAAGAGCGUAUUUGGUUCGUGAUUUUCAUGGCUGGAAAGUCCAAACACUGUGGCACAGAUCUGGCACUUGGCAGCAUCAUGAUAUGCCGGAGGAACGAAAAGGGAUGUAAACUAGAAUGAGAGAUGGGGACAGGGCUAUGGCUAUGUGACCAGUCUCCGGGGAACUAACCCACCCUUGACGAACUCUAAUUCCUCCCAAGAGGAAGGUCGUGACUGAAGAACUUGCCUCCUGCACUGGGUAAGUUAAGCCUCAGCGUGUUUCGGUGGACAGCACGAAUUCACAAGAUAACCCGAGGGAUGUGAGCUUGGGCGGAGCUUCUGUCAGGGUGGACUGAGAGCCGCUGCCUGAGUUAGUGGAAGUGUAAGAAAGUGUCUGAGGUCCACCCACGUCCAGGCUCAAGAAACUGGCAAAUGGUGUGGGCGCUUGGUCUCCAAGUAGUCUGCCGAAACUGUUUGGAAGCAAUGAUCUUUAAAAAGAAAGCAGGCAGUGGUGGCACAUGCCUUUUUUUUUUCUUUUUUUUUUUCUUUAUUAUAUGUUAGUACACUGUAGCUGUCUUCAGACACACCAGAAGAGGGCAUCAGAUCUUGUUACGGAUGGUUGUGAGCCACCAUGUGGUUGCUGGGACUUGAACUCAGAACCUCUGAAAGAGCAGUCAGUACUCUUAACCACUGAGCCAUCUCUCCAGCCCAAUAAAUACCCCAGUGUUAAUCUUCUGUUUUCUUUUGUUUUGUCUUGUUUUUUGAGACAGAGUUUCUCUGUGUAGCCCUAGCUGUCCU